AUGGAGGUCGUGGAAGAAGGCUACGGCCUCAGCAAACCCUCUGUGUGGAGGUGCGUCCUCGCUGUUACUAACGCUCUUUUGCGCCAUGCUGGGGAUUGGAUUCAUUUGCCAGCAACACGCCAGGAGGUCCAGGAGGUGCACCAGGGCUGCCAUGCCAUUGCUGGCAUUCCUAGAGUCUUAGGCUUAGUGGAUGGAACACUAAUCCCAAUCUUCACUCCAUCAGUGCUUGAUCAGGCUUACAUGUCGCGAAAGGGAUAUGCGGCAAUAAACGUCCAGGUAGUGGUGGACCACAGGGAUCUAAUCAAUGACCUGGUGGCGAAGUGGCCUGGCAGCACCCAUGACAGUUUUGUCUGGGCCAAUUCUGCCGUGGGUGAGCAAGCAGAAAGAGUUGAAUUUGGUCAGAGCAUGUUUCUCGGGGACAGUGGAUACCCUCUCAGAACAGCCUUCAAUGUUGCACACAUUCACACUCGCAACAUCGUCGAGCGUGCAAUUGGACUCUGGAAGCUGCGCUUUAGGUGUCUGCACAAGUCUGCAGGAGGAUUGCGCAUAAAGCCUUACAGGUGUUGCGCAGUUAUGGUGAAAACAGCCAUGCUCCAUAACAUGGCUCUGCGUGGAAACACACCUUUACCAGAAGAGGAGGAGGAGGCGAAUGAGGAGGAAGAUGCAGAGGUGGACGUUAAGGUCUUCAAUCCUUCACAGAGAGCUGCACUGCAUGCUGCCGGGGUUGAGGCAAGGCAGCAGUUGAUUGAAAAUGUUUUUGUUUAA